AUUCAUUUUGUGCACUUUGUUGCCAUUUCUUGAUUUGGUUUUUAAAUGUCAAAUAGAUUGUGGCCUGUUAAACAAGUGUGUAUUUUCGCACUUAUUGCGUUUGCAUCUAAUUUUAAUUAUGGAUUUUCAACUACCUAUAUCAAUACAUCUGUUGAUGAAUUUAAGACAUUUUUGAAUACAUCUUUAAGUCGUCGUCAUGUCAUAAUGACUGAAGAAAAAUAUGACCUAAUUUGGAAUGUUUUUCUGAAUUGUUGGUUUAUUGGAUCAUUUUUUGGAGUUUGGAUUAACUCGAUUUUUAGUGAAAGAUUUGGAAGAAGAGUGGGCUUUUUGAUUGGAAAUUCGGUUGCAUUCAUUUCUUCAAUUUUACAAUGCUUGUCUCUUAUUUGGUAUUGUCCUGAACUACUGAUCGUUUCUCGAUUCAUUACGUCAAUUUGCAUGGCAGCUACUUAUCAAUCAUGUAUUUUGUUUUUGCAGGAAUGCUCUCCAACACAUUUACGUGGUAGUUUUUCAUUUCUCAGUGAAGUAUCAUAUUCAUCAAUGACAAUGGUUGGAAGUUUUCUUGGUCAAGAUUAUAUUAUAGGAUCACAUCUUUUCUGGCUCUGCUUCUUCGUUGUACCAUUUUGCCUUUUCUUCACACUUAUUCUUUUCAUACUUCCUGAAACUCCAAAAUUUCUAUUAAUUUCGAAAGAUGAAGAAGAAGAAGCUAUCAAAUCUGUAAAAUAUUAUCAUGGAGAUGGUACAGAUGCAAAACAAGUUUUGGAAGAUAUUCGAAAAGAGGCAGAAUGUGAACAAGACUCGAGCAAAUCGACAACUUUCCAAAAAAUGAAGGAAUUGUUUACAGAAAGACAUUUGAGAAUGGCAUUGAUAUUAAGUGUAUCUGCAUUAACCAAUACUGUCGGAUUAUGGGCUCUUCUUUUAUCCUCUACUUUCUUUCUAGAAAAUGCAAAUGUUGAGUCAGAAAUUGCUGAAUGGAGUACAACUGCAAUGGGUUUAGCUUAUGUUUCUGGAACAAUUACUGGUGGAAUUGUGAUUGAAAAAGUUGGUCGACGCAAGCUUCUCCUUCUCUUCACAUUUCUCAAUAAUUUAGCUCUAAUUGCAUUCGUAUUCUUCGCAAAAAUACGUAUUCUGAUUGACCCGAUGAAAUACGGAUGCCUAGUUGCAUUGAUCAUCUACGGUUAUACUUAUGGAACUGGAGUUGGUCCAAUUUCGUGGUUUAUAUCCUCUGAACUGGUACCUCAAAAACAUCGUAGUAUUGCUCAAUCUGUGGCAUAUUCAAUGAAUACUGUAAUGGUGGUUAUCAGUACAUUUACAGUAUUACCUCUAUAUUCCGUUAUUGGUAGUUAUGCUUUCCUUAUUCUAUAUUCAAUUCCUUCAUUUAUAAGUAUGCUUAUAUUAUUUCGCUACUUACCGGAAACCAAAGGACGAGAGAUUCAUGAUAUUGUGAAUGAACUUAAAAAAAAAUGAAAACCUUUGAAAACGUUCAUACGGCCGAAAUUUUACUUGAUCGAGCCAAUUGAACUUUUGUUAAGACUUACA